CGCGCGCGUUCCAAUCGCCUAGUCUAAUUCACUUACUUUUGAGUGUUCGGUCGCGAUUUUCAACCAUAAUUAGUUGACACGCGUCUAAUGUGUAAGAAGUGCACGUCUUCGUUUUAAAACGCGGACACUCGGCGUUCGUAUCAUCUAAAACUUAAAAAAUGUUUAAUACGAAAUGAUAUAAAAAAUUUUUUUUAUAUUAUUAUUAAAUAAAUUAGAUACUUAAUUAAUUGUUUAACUAAGUACAGAACAAGUAUUGUUUCAGUUCAAAAAACUAUUUAAUUAAAGUUAAAUAUAUUUGAUCGUAAGAAAUUGAGGGAGCUAUACACUAUAUUAAAUAUUUUGGAUAUGAUUGAAACUACUCACAUUGAAUCAUUAAUUGAGAAACCUAGUGUUCCAGUUAAAUCAAAUCCGAAAAACGAUGCGUUUAGUAUUUUUUUAUUAUUGGUGCUAUAUACUUUGCAAGGAGUUCCUUUGGGGUUCUCGUACGCAAUGCAAAUUUUGAUACACAGUAUUCCUAAAUCGUCGUAUUAUAAACAAGCUGAAUUCAGUUUAGUAGUUUGGCCAUUCAGUUUGAAGCUUUUAUGGGCGCCAUUAGUUGAUUCUAUGUUUUCACGAAAAUUAGGCCGUCGAAAAUCUUGGUUAAUUCCAGUACAAUAUAGUUUAGGCAUAUUAUUCUUCGUCAUGGGUUUUCAUAUACACGAAUGGUUAGUAAAUAGCAACAAAUCAAACAUAAAUGCUUUGACCAUAAUGUUUUUAAUUUCAAAUUUUCUUGUUGCCACUCAAGAUAUUAUCGUAGAUGGAUGGGCAAUAGCUAUGUUGGAAAGGCAAAAUAUUUGUUAUUCUGCUAUAUGUAACAAUGCCGGACAAGCUUUCGGAAUGAUUUUAGGCUAUAAUUUAUUAAUAUUAUUAACAUCAGAAACCUUCAGGAAUAAAUGGUGGAGAAUUUCUUCAUUACCAGGCGGUAUAGUUACUUUACAAGGAUACUUUUAUUUUUGGGGAUUAAUGUUUAUGAUUGUUACUACUUUAAUAGCUAUAUUUAAGUCUGAAAAAAAAAAUAUAGCUGAACCAGAAGUGGAUCUCGGCAUUUUUAAAACAUAUAAGCUACUUUUCAGUAUAAUGAAAUUACCUAAUAUCAAAAUGCUCGCUAUUAUAUUAUUUACCGUUAAAAUAUGUUUUUGUUCUAUUGAUGCUACAUAUAAAUUGAAACUUAUAGACGGCGGAAUCGCCAAAGAAGACAUAGCUACAAUUGAAUCUAUAUUUACACCUAUACGCUUAUGUUUUCCAUUUAUUAUUAACAAAUUUACGUCUCAAGAUAAAUUUCUGAUAACUUUUUUCAAUACCAUACCCUACCGGUUAUUAAUCGGGAUGGUUUUAACUAUAUUAAUUUACUUGACACCAUAUUUUUUGAUCCAAACAAAGGCUUUACUUGUUAUAUAUAAAGUACUAUUGCUGAUGAUUUACUCUUUGCAACAGUUAGUCGAGAGUAUUAUGUUAUUGAUGGCGGUUUCAUUUUACGCUAGUAUUAGUGACCCCAAAAUUGGUGGCACAAAUAUGACGCUAUUGACUACUAUAUCAAAUUUAGGAUUGUCGUUUAGUAAAACUGGAGCUUUGUGGUUUAUUGAAUAUUGUACUUUUAAACAGUGUUCCACCGAUCAUACUAAUACAUGUUCAUCAAAAAUUCAAGAAGAUAAAUGUAAAUUGUCGAGUGGCACCUGUCAAGUUAUUAUCGAUGGAUUUUACACUGAAACUAUAAUAUGUAUAAUUUAUGGUAUAUUAUGGUAUUGUAUUUUUAGAAAGACUAUUAAUAAUCUACAAUCCAAAAAUGUGAAGGAAUGGCACGUGGAAAUGAAAGAAACAUUAUACUAAAUAUUAUUACACUAUUCGAAUAAAUAUUUACAUUUAAAUAUAAUGCAUUUAAGACCGCAUUUCAUUCAUACUUUUUCGAAUUACACAAUGGCAAUGGCUGAAUGGUUCCUUGGACCGGCUAAUAUUGAAGGUCAAUGUAUCAUAGUGGCCACUUAAAAAAGCUUAUAGACAGUUUCAGACGAGCCAGUGAACAGACCUCUGCAGACUUUCCAGUUGUACCACGGCUCAUUCAGCCCUGGCUUUGGCGCCGUCGCUGUAGAUUUGAUAAAUAUUUAUUAGUUGAUAUAUAUUAUGUAUAUAGCGUACAUAUAUGUAAAGAAAUUUAAUUUACCUA